AUGCGAGCUCGUUAUAAAGGUCCAGCCGGUACCGGUAUCCUCGAGAUACCCGAUGGUGCCACUGUUAAGGUGCUAUUUGAUGAACUUCGAGCCAAGACAGGAAUUACCACUUUUGGCAUAAAAUACGGCCCUCCUAUGGCUAUGAAGACUCUUGAAGUUAGCCAAAGUGAUGAAAUUGCUCGAUCUCUUGGUCUUCACGGCGAGACACUCACUAUCGUACCCGAGGACGUACCGCCUCCCGCACCUCCUGCGCCGCUUCAAACUGGCACUGCCCAGCAUCAAGCGUUGGCAUCUCGGGCGGCAAAGCGGAAUGAGAGCCCAGAGGAGGUUAAUGUUCCAUGGCCAGAAUUAGGUGGAACUCUGCCCUUUGGUGGGGCUCUGCAAGAUCAGAUUCCCGCUCAACGGCUGAGAAGGAUGAUGGCUGACUACAUUGUUGAACAUCCCGAGGAUUACUCGGAUGCUGUCCUCGGUAGUCCUCCCAGCCAAUAUUGCCGCAGUAUUCAAGACCCUGAUCGGUGGGGAGGCGGUAUUGAACUGAGCAUCUUAUCCUCCAUCUUCGAUAUCCAGAUCUGCACGUUUGAUGUCCAGACCCAAAACCUGAUCAACUUCGGAGAGGAUAAGACAGAUCGCUGUAUUCUUGUCUUUUCCGGAAUUCACUACGACCGAGUUGCCUUUAGCCUGUCUGAUUACCCACAUGACUCACCUACUUACCCUCCUGAGAUGGAUCGAACUGUUUGGCCGACUGAUGACGACGAGAUACUCGAAAAGACUAAGGAACUCGUCGAGAAACUCAACAAGGCGCACUACUACACUGACACGGAAGGACUGCUUCUACGAUGUGAUGUGCAGGGAUGUGACUGGAUAGGCAGCGGCAAGCGUGAGGGAAAGAAGCAUGCAGAACUCACAGGACACGUGGCUCUGAGUGAAAUCCAAGACGAAGGUGACAACGUGCUUCGGAAGUGCGAUACACCUGGAUGUGAUUUCAUCGGCCAAGGUGACAAGGUUAUGAGGCAGCAUAGUGCAGAUACUGCUCAUGAGAGGUUCUCCAUUAUUCCGGACUGGUGA